ACGACCUCUCACCACCCACACCACACACCUCUCUACCCACCGCCGUCCAGUCCACCACUCCAACCAUGUCCAUGUUCGCCGCCCUCUUCCGCAAACAAGCCGUCACUGUCCCCCGCUUCUCCGCCCCCAUAUCGUCUCGGUUCUUCUCAGCGACAGCACGCGCGUCGGAGCAACACGCGCGCAGCCCACGCCUGUUCGUUGGCCUGCGUAUCGUCGGACGGACCUACCCCCAGAAAGAUAUUGUUGCAGACUUCGCGCCUUUUGGACCGAACACUGUCGAGCAGGUCUUGCGGCGCGACAAGCGCCCCGCGCCGUUCGUGUUCGUUGAUUUUGAGAAGCAGGCAGAUGCGGACGCGGCUUUCUCAAACGCGGCCUUGAAGGAGAAGUUCGGCAUCGAGUACGCCAAGCCGAAGCCCGAGGGCGUUCAGACCAAGGCAUGAUGACGAGGACGAUGGGAUCGCUGAGGAGAGCGAGGGCGAGCGCCACUCCUGCGUGUGAAGAGUAUCAUAAAAACGAAGCUCGUGUUAAUGUAUGCGCGUCAAAAGUACUGUCUCGUCAGACAUAUGCCUGCAUUCUUGACGGUGACCGCAAUUUCCGCUGCGCUCUGGUCGCGCGAACCUCUCUCCACUCCCAGCUCACCGGAGACGAUCGAAUGGCUAAAGCCGCUCGAUUGUCGAUGUAAAGCCCAGCAAGCGUCGUGGGUUCCCUGGAAACGCGGCAGAACCGAUACUGAUACCAGAUGCGUGACCGGUCUGGCCCGGUCGCUCUACGUUGGAGCCUUAAAACUCGGUAUGCUAUUAUGUUAUCGGAUGGCACCGGCCGUCGUUGGUAUUUGCAUAGUCUUUCUGCUUCCCGCUAACUUGUGGGUACGAAACCGAGGUCAAAGUCACUCAGUAGCCUCUCUCGUCUUAUGGCUCCAAAGGCUACCCAUCUCGCAGGCGCGUACUUUGAACAAGAACUUUGUGGCCAGAUUCUCCCCUGCGUGGGCUUGAUGAGCGCUGCAUAUGUGUGUAUGUACAUACUUAAGUACCAACGCGAAGGUGGUUCUUUCCGCGUCACGUGCAACAUAUCCGGUCAAUCUUACUAUCCCUGCGAGCUCUGCCUCUCACGUAUCCACUCCAUACCUGCGCCGCUCUCUCAAUCGCGUAAAAGAUUAAAGUGCAAUUGUCAGACAGGGCAUGCAGAUAUGUUUCCUGGUGCAAAUGACAGAACGAGGCUUCUAUUAGGCUUACGCAGGCAAUCGGCCCUGCACUGGUGACGAUCCGAGCAAGUACAUACUUGACGCAAACUUAUUGAAGAACCACACACUCUCAGAAACAACGCCCGUGGCCGAACUGCAUCGACACCAUGAAUCCAAGACCUAGCGUGGCCUCUGCCCUCGCAGGCGUCCCAUCUGCGACAACAGCACUGUCUCUGUUCUCCCUCUCGCACCGAGUCGCACUCGUCACUGGUGGACACGGCGGCAUCGGGCUCGAGAUGGCACUGGCACUCGCUGAAGCCGGCGCUGUCGUCUAUUGUCUCGACCUUCCCUCGACGCCCGAUGCUGAUUGGGUUAAGGUGCAAGGAGCCGCUGCGCCGGGAAGAAUGGAGUACUUGAAGGGCGACGUGACGGACCAGAAGGCGCUGUGGGACGCCGUCGAGGACAUCGUCAAGAAGGAAGGACGGUUAGAUGUUUGCAUCGCCAACGCAGGUAUCUAUGGGGGUCACGGAUGUUUGGACUAUCCUGGGGAGGAUCUGCGCAAGGUCUUGGACGUCAAUGUAGCAGGUGUAUUUUUCACCGCGCAAGCCGCAGGACGCCAGAUGCAGAAGCUUGGCACUCCGGGUAGCAUCAUUCUCAUUGCGUCAGUGGCAGGCACUGUUAGUCCCAAGGGUGUAGUCGCAUAUAACGUAAGCAAGUCCUCAGUCCUCCAAAUGGCCCACUCUCUCGCCAUCGAGCUCGCUCCUCUCGGUAUUCGCGUCAACAGCAUCAGCCCAGGAUUCAUCGACGCAGGGUGCGUGCAGAACAUCCGGAUCUGGCUCAGAGGCUGCUUCUUCUGACCACAUUACGCAACCGUAGCAUGUUGCGGGUCUUCCUGGAUGAACAUCCCGAGCAGGAGCAGUCGUUCGUCGCGCAUACGCCGAUGGGGCGGAUGGCGAAGGCGGACGAGCUGCGCGGGGCUGCCUUGUGGCUCGCGAGUGACGCGUCGAGCUUCUGUACGGGAUCAGACAUCAAGGUCGAUGGUGGUUAUUAUGCUUGCUGAGCCGAACGGGAUGCCAGUGCCACUUUUGUUUCCGAUAGUGAGCAGUGAGAGACGAGGUGUUGCUGGAACACGAGUAUGAUGCGGUGAUGCAGGAGUAGAUUGCAAAUCGCGCGUUCGUCCUUCAUAACGAGUAUCGAAUGUGUGGCAUGUCGGAAAGCAUUCCGUGACCCUUGUAAAGCGUAUCAACUCGUAGACGGAUCUUCGAGAAACAGACCGGCAGCACAGAUGAGUCUCAAAGGUGACGGACACUACAGUCCAGGGGUAGCAGAAAAGACGACCCGCACAUGAGUCCAAUCCGCUUCCUACGCGGACGCGUUUCCAUCACACAAUGCCGCUGCGGUCUACCAUCCACCUUCCGAGUUCUCGCCCUCGGCGGCUCACCGGCAUCUCGGA